AUGGCGCAGUUACGAGACCAACUUAUCAUGCUCCCGGAAAUUGAGGAACUGACCCCAGAAUGUAACAUCGACGAAGCUAAUGUCGGAGUUCCGGGGGUCACAACUCCAGAGAUGGAAGCCAAGAUGAGAGGGAUCCUGAAACGCCAUCGCAGCAUCUUCUUGGGAGAUGGCAACGCAGCUCCGGCCCCAUCUAGGGGCGUAGUAUGUGAUAUCGACGUCGGUGAAGCGAAACCAGUGGCUUUACGUGCGAGACAGAUUGCCGCACCUUUCUUGGUGAAGGUGUUUGAACUCUUGAAGAAGUUGUUGGAGGCGGAGCUCAUUGAGCAUUCAGAGUUCGAGUGGUCAUCACCUAUUGUGAUUGUGCUGAAGAAAAACGGCGUGGACAUCCGGAUGUGUAUUGACUACCGACUUCUGAAUUUGCUCAUCAAGUUAUCCCGCUAUCCUCUACCUGUGAUCGAUGACCUGCUGGUAGACCUCAAAUCCGCGAUGUGGUUUAUGAGUCUCGACAUGGCGAGUGGAUUAUGGGCGGUGCGAAUGACUGAACGUGCGAAGUUGAUCUCUGCGUUUGUCUGCCCAUUUGGCCACUUUCAAUGGCUCAGAAUGCCUUUUGGAUUGAAGAAUGCGCCGUCAAUUUAUCAGAGCAUCAUCAAUAACUGUCUGUGGGGAUUCGCUCGUCUACCUCCUGAAGAGGAAGCGAUGGUGAACCCAGAAGUUCUAGAGUUCCUGGAUCUCGAGCCUCAAGAAACCCUGAAACCUGAAGCGGAUAUGAGGGAUUCAAAGAUUCCAUCAUUGGACAUGACCGUAUUUCGACGCAAUAUCCCGGCUCCGUCACAAAUGGGUCCGGUCUUGGGAAGAAGUUCGUAUAAUGACGAUAUCGCUCAUGGGGCGUCGACCUGGGACCAACUAUGUGAGGACCUGGACGCCUUACCGAAAAGUGAAUUUGGAAAGUUGACCAUCCCAUUCCUCUCUCAUGAAGUGAGUGCGGACGGAAUCAGGGCCUUGCCGAAGAUUGUCAAAGGCAUAGAGGACUUACCUUUCCCGUCAACGUACAAGGGGGUACAGUCCUUCUUAGGAGGUCUGAAUUACUGCAAUAAGUUUAUUGAGGACUUACCCGUAGUUACCGCUGUACUCUACGAACUGGACGAAGAACGUGUACGUGCUGGACGGAACCUAGAAGCAGCGAAGGAAUCCUUCGAGAUACUGAAACGCAAGAUCGUGUCGGCCCCACUGCUGCGGCACCCAGAUAGAGCCGAGCCUUUCGUGAUCAUUCCGCAUGCUAAUUCAUGGGCGGCGUGUGCUGUUUGGGGUCAGGAGCAUGAAGGACUCAUACACCCAGUACGAUUUACAGGCAGAGUGUUGAAGGAAUCAGAGCUACGGUACCAUAUAGCUCAGAAGAAAGUGCUCGCAAUCUUACGGACUCUGGAAGUCUUCAGACCUCUGAUCCAUGGAUAA